AUGUAUUGGACAAGCUUCAUCACCGUCUUUGCCCUGCCAGGCACCCUGGCAAUGCCCUGGAGCCUUUCUCCUAGGCGUGCCUCUGCCGCCACCACGGGUGCCACACUCUACGCCUAUGGCACCAACAUUUCCGGUUUCCCUGUUCUUUACAAUGGAAACGAUGGCCAUCUGUACAUCUCUGCAAGCAACACAACUGUUCCCGGUCUGCAGUCUGUCACAUGGGACAUUCCUGCCCUCACCUCUGCCACCACCACUACCACCACUGCUACGCUGAGCAACGGUACCUCCCCUGGAGGCCUGCACCUGAACAUCACCGUCAGCGGCCUGGGGUCAGUUAGUGUUCUGACCAACGCCACGACUGGCAUCACGACCUACGGCAAGCAGCUUGUCUACAUUGAUGACUCCAGCUUUGAGGCCAAGUUCUGGGCCAGGUCCGUGCAGGUCGAUGGUUCCAGUGCGUGGAGCCUGACCUGGAACGAGGAGAACUCUCUGGAAGGCGGUGCAACCCCUGUAAACAUCAAGACUGAUGGUCCUGCCUCUGCGUCAUCUUAAGGGCUGGGAUCUUUGUCAGGGUUCAUUGAUGAGACGGCGAUGUCAGCGGAGGUUAUCCGUUAGGGGUGUUCAGUCGUUAGCAAAUGUUUCCUUUUUUUUUUAAGAGCCUCAGAACGCAAUUUGUCUUUCAAUUUGUUGGACUGGAUGCAGCUGUGUAUACUGGAGCGAUAGAUCUUUGUUUGUUUUCUUCCUUCAAAUGACUUUACAAACACAAUAUAGCCAAUUUGGGUACAAAC